AUGAAGCAAAGAUUCUCGUCAAUAGAUGUCAAAGUCAUAUGCAAGGAACUCAGCGAAGCUCUCACAGGACUGCGAGUCUCGAAUAUAUAUGAUCUUUCAUCGCGAAUAUUUCUAUUCAAACUAGCCAAGCCAGACCAUCGGAGACAGUUUAUCAUCGACUCCGGCUUCCGAUGCCAUCUCACCGAAUACUCGCGGACGACAGCAAGUGCGCCAUCCGGGUUUGUGAGCCGACUUCGCAAAUGCCUCAAGACGCGCCGAGUGACCGCAAUAAACCAGUUGGGAACUGAUCGGAUUAUCGAUAUUACUUUCAGUGAUGGGGCCUUUCAUAUUUUCCUGGAGUUUUUUGCUGGCGGUAACAUCAUUCUCACGGACGCGGACCGCAAGAUUGUCGCUUUAUUCCGCCAGGUGCCUGCUACUGGAGAUCAGGAGGAAGUCAAGGUCGGCCUACAAUAUUCGGUGGAGAAAGCGCAAUACUACAACGGGGUUCCUGCAUUGUCGAAGGAGAGGCUGAGGGAAGCUCUUGAAAGAGCCGUUGAGUCAUAUAAAAAGGCUGAAAAUGCGCCGAAAAAGUCUAAGAAGAAGGUCGAUGUUUUCAGGAGAGCUCUGACGCAGGGGUUUCCUGAAUUUCCUCCAUUGCUUCUGGAAGAUGCAUUCGCGGCCACGGGGUUUGAUUCUAGCGUGGCGCUGGAUAAAGUUCUUGGUGAUCAGCAGCUUUUUCAAGAUGCUAUGAACGUUUUGCAGGAGGCGGAAAGGGUUAUAAAACAGGUUGGCGGGAAAGGGUUUAUUGUUGCCGUGGAGAAUAGCAAAGCCAAGUCUUCGGGUCAGUCUGAAAACUCGGCGGCUGCAAAUCUCCUCUAUGAGGAUUUCCAUCCGUUCAGGCCGCGGCAGUUUGAAGGGAAGCCGGGUCACACGAUUCUCGAGUAUGACAGUUUCAAUAAGACUGUUGACGAGUACUUCUCGUCAAUAGAAUCGCAGAGGUUAGAGUCUCGCUUGACAGAGCAUGAAGAGGCGGCAAAGCGAAAGCUGGAAGCAGCUCGGGCUGAUCACCACAAACGAGCUGGAGCUCUGAAGCAGGCACAGGAGUUGCACAUCCGCAAGGCAGAAGCCAUCCAGGCGAAUGUGUAUCGUGUUCAAGAAGCUAUUGAUGCCGUCAACGGACUGAUAGCACAGGGAAUGGACUGGGUCGAAAUUGCUAGCCUGAUUCAAAUGGAACAGGGAAGAAACAACCCUGUUGCACAAAUCAUAAAACUGCCGUUGAAACUCCAUGAGAACGUUGUGACAUUGAUGUUAAGUGAAGCGAGCGUGGAUGCAGAGGAGGAAGAGGACGAUAGUUCUGACUUUGAUUCUGAAGAAUCUGAAGAUAGUGACUCUGGGGGCGGUCAACCAACGCCAGUCGCGGAGCAGCUCGCUAUCGAUAUUGACUUGGCCCUGUCGCCAUGGUCGAAUGCGACGCAAUACUAUGACCAGAAGAAGUCUGCUGCAAUCAAAGAACAGAAAACCAUACAAUCUUCUGAGAAAGCACUCAAAAGCCAGGAAAAGAAAGUCACGCAGGACCUGAAGCGCAACCUCAAGCAGGAAAAACAGGUUCUUCGACCAUCAAGGAAAGCAUUUUGGUUUGAAAAAUAUAUAUAUUUUAUUUCUACGGAUGGAUAUCUUGUGGUGGGCGGCCGGGAUGUACAUCAAGUUGAGAUAUUAUACAGACGAUAUCUCAACAAGGGCGAUAUUUUUGUUCACGCUGACCUUGAAGGUGCCACUCCUAUGAUCAUCAAGAACAAGGCAGGGACGCCUGACGCGCCAAUCCCGCCGGGUACAUUGGCUCAAGCCGGUACACUUUCGGUUGCUACAUCCAAAGUCUGGGAAUCAAAAGCUCUAAUGCCUUCUUGGUGGGCCCACGCGCACCAAGUAUCUAAAACAAACGAAAGAGGCGAGCUUUUGGCAACUGGAGGAUUCGUUAUCAAAGGAGAGAAAAAUUUCCUCGCUCCAGCACAGCCUAUACUAGGAUUCGCCGUGUUGUUUCAGAUAAGUAAAGAAAGCAUUGCUAAUCACCGCAAACAUCGGGUAGAAGAAUCAUCAAACGUGGAGUCGAAAGAGGAUACUGUCUCCAAUGUACAGGAACCAGACCCAGAGGAUCCAGCACCAACUUCAGAAAAUGCAGCAAUAGUUGAAGCAGAAGAGGAUGAUGACGAAGGCAUUGACGGGGUUGUUGAUGAAAAGUCAACUCAAGUUCAUGAAGAUUCAAAUUCAGAUUCAGAUAGUGAAGAUGAUCAAGGUUCGAAGACGAAUCCCUUGCAAACAUCCACCAAUGAAGCAGCCGCCGGCAGGGACAUAGAAAUAGAAACCGAAGAAGCCAACCAGCAAGAAGACGAGGAUUCCGAAGAUGGUGGGGUAGACGCAGUGGAAACAACAGAUUCGAAGAACCUCACAACGAAUGACGCAAAAUCCUCAUCAACAUCUGACAGAAACACCCUUAGAUCAAACACGCCAACCCCCUCACAAGUCUCAUCAAACAAGCAGACAAUAAUCCGCGGCAAAAAAGGAAAAGCCAAGAAAGCCGCACAGAAGUAUGCGCAUCAAGACGAAGAAGACCGAGAACUAGCCCUACGGCUUCUCGGAUCCAAUGCCAAAGCGAACAAAGCAGUCGAAGCUGCGGAAACAAAAGCCAAACAAGAAGCCGACCUCGAAGCCCAGCGACGACGACGCCGAGCACAACAUGAACGCGCAGCCGAGGCUGAGCGUAAACGACAAGAACAAUUCCAGCAGAAUGGCAGCGGGGAUGCCGAAAUCUACGACGAAGAGACCGCGAAAGUAGAAGCGGAAGAUCUAUCCUGGCUACCUGCUCUUGUCGGGGUGCCUCUUCCAGAAGACGAAGUCAUUGCUGCCCUCCCCGUGGCUGCGCCAUGGCCUGCACUGGCUCGAUUCAAAUAUCGGGCCAAACUGCAGCCAGGAAACGUUAAAAAGGGCAAGGCUAUUAAAGAGAUUCUGGGCCAUUGGAUUGUGGAAGCUAGUGGUGCGGUUGAUGGGAAUAAAGUAGGCAAGAAGAUCAUUGCGGAUGAUGUUGCGGAAGGUUUGGAUCGGGCUACGGCUGAGCGUAUGCGUGCUCGUGAGGCCGAUUUACUCAAGGGCUGGCGGGAUGUCGAGGUUAUGAAUACUUUGCCUGUCGGCAAAGUGCGUAUUGUAUCUGGCGGCAGCACCACUGGUGGUGGUGGUGGAGGAGGGAAGGGAGGAAAUAAAGGUGGAGGAGGCGUUGGAAAAGGUGGUGACAAAGGAGGCAAAGGAAAAGGCGGCGGCGGAACACAGAAGGGUGGAAAGGGAAGUAAGAAGAAAUAA